AUGUCGCCAUCACUCCUGCUGCUCGUGCUGCUCCUUGCAGCAACGGCGGCUGCCAGCACAGACGACAGCAGCGUGUCCGUGAUGCCAGGCUGCCAGCGGAGCUGUGGAGGCGUGGGUAUACCUUACCCGUUCGGCAUCGGCGAUGAGGCCUGCUUCCGCCAAGGGUUCGAGAUCCGCUGCAUGAACAACGGCAGUGCCGGCGGCGGUGAAAUUCCGGUGCUAGCGAGGACCAACCAGACCAUCCCAGUGCUGAGCCUGUCCGUGGCGCCAUUGCCAGAGGCCCGGGUGCUCCUGCCGGUGGCAUGGCAGUGCUUCAACUCCACCGGCGGCAGAACUGGGUUCUACCCCGGCAACGUCAACUUCAACGAGGCGGGCGUGUACCGCAUCUCCAACAUCUACAACGAGCUCUACGUGCUCGGCUGCAACACCUUGAUCUAUGUCAAGGGCGUGAAGAACCAGGGCGGCGCCAGCCGCUUCAACUACAAGUUCUACUCCGGAUGCGUGUCCGUCACCAACGACACUGAUGACCCCCAGGACGGUGCCUGUGCGGGCCUCGGCUGCUGCCACGUCGACAUCCCGCCAGGUCUCACGGACACCACCAUAAGCAUGUUCGGUGACGGCUACUGGUCGCACGCCGACCAGGAGUUCUGCCCCUGCGACUAUGCCUUCAUCGUGGAGAAGGGCAGCUACAACUUCUCAGCAUCCGACCUGACAACACACGUGCCGAGUAACCAGACCACGCCGCAGCGCGUGGACUGGAGCAUGCCGCUCCGCCUCGACUGGGCGAUCCGCGACAGCGACAGUGGCUCCAUCUCCUGCGCUCAGGCAGAUAUAUAG